UCGAGCGCAGGCUACUCGCCCUCCUCCCCCAUUCCACCCUUCCGGCCGCCGCCGCACGUGCGCCUCCUCCCGCCGGCGCAAGCCACGCCGCCGGCCCUCGAAGGGGCCCUUCUCCCUAGUAUCCCUCCUCCUCCCACCCGCUGAUCUACUUACUUCGAGUGGAUUGGCCUCCGCUUUCGACGAUGACUAGGUGGGAUGAAAUUUUGACUCUUCCAGUUCAGAAUCCACCCACAUUGGAGUUCUCAGCUGCAGAUAUCAUGUGGUCCAUGGUGGAGGGCUGGAAGGAUUCUAUGGACAGGCUUGCACUGAUACCGUAUUCUAGGGUGAAUGACUUUGUCAGAGGAGAGUCAAACAACAAAGAUUGCCCGACAAGAUUUCACGUUGAAGCACGGAGAAGGCGUUCACCGACAAUGAACUGCAAGCCAAAAGUUGAUGGGAUACUUGAGUAUAUUCUGUAUUGGUGUUCCUUUGGUCCAGAUGAUUAUAGAAAGGGUGGUAGUGCCCGGCCUAGCAGGCCUUUCGCAGAAAAGAGGAAAACACCUGCCGGACGCCCUAAUACAAAGAGAGGCUGUGUUUGCCAUUUUAUUGUGAAGCGCUUGAUUGCUGAACCAUCUGUGGCUCUUGUGAUAUAUAACCACAAUAAGCAUGUAGAUAAGAAAGGCUUGCCAUGCCAUGGUCCUAUGGACAAGAUGGCCGUAGGGACAAAGGCAAUGUUUGCACCAUACAUAUCAGAUGAGCUUCGUCUGCAAGUCAUGUCUUUGCUCUAUGUUGGUAUUCCUGUGGAGACCAUAAUGCAGAGGCAUACUAAAAUGGUUGAAAAGCAAGGAGGGCCAUCAAAUAGAGAUGAUCUUCUUACUCACAGAUAUGUUAGGAGACUGGAAAGGAAAAUACGGCGUUCUGAUUAUGAGCUUGAUGAUGAUGACGCUAUUAGUAUUAGCAUAUGGGUUGAAAAUCACCAGGACUGCGUAUUUUUCUAUGAAGAUUUUUCAGAUACGGACACCUUUGUCCUGGGCAUUCAGACAGAUUGGCAGCUACAGCAAAUGAUUCAGUUUGGCAGCCAUAGUUUACUGGCUUCUGAUUCAAAGUUUGGAACAAAUAAGCUAAAGUAUCCUGUACACAGCAUCCUUGUCUUCGACCAGCAGAAAAAUGCAAUUCCUGUUGCCUGGAUUAUAACUCCUAAUUUUGCACAUGGUGAAAUAUAUAAAUGGAUGGGCGCUCUUUAUGAUCGAGCUCACACAAAAGAUCCUACAUGGCAAUUGGGUGGCUUUAUUAUUGAUGAUCCCUUCGCAGAUGUUCGCACAAUAAGGGAAGUGUUCCAGUGCCCGGUUCUGAUCAGUUUGUGGCGUAUCCGGCAUGCUUGGCAUAAAAAUUUGGUUAAUAAAUGUUCAGACAAUGAGAAGCGUUCAGCCAUGGCUAAAUUUCUUGGAGAUGCAAUAUCCAGUAUAUGCAGAGGAAGUGGUGAUGUUGAAUUAUUUGAAGCCUUUCUGCAAGAUUUUGUUGAUUGUUCUGGGUUUCUAGACUACUUCAAAGCCCUGUGGUUUCCAAGACUUGGGGCAUGGACAACUAUCUUAAGGGCACUCCAUUGGCUACUGCAGAGGUAGCUUCAGCAUCGAGAG